CAGCGAUGUAUCACCCCACCAUCUGCUCAUUCACAUCCUACACUCCUCCGGCAUUGCGCAUUUCACAUCGACUUCAAGUGCUGAAUCAUGAUGGACGCGACUUCCGCUAUCAACCAGCUCCGACAGGGCCAGAAGCCAGCAUGGCCAGCUAACGCCGACUCGCUGGAGUUCGCACAAUCUCUUGACAACAGCAACGAGAUCCUGAAGACCUUCCGAGAAGAGUUCGUUGUCCCCACAAAGGCCCAGCUUGCGCGGAAACAGCUCAAGGACGAUGCGAAGACCGCGGCGAAAGCGAACAGCUCGGAUGACGAAGGCAUCUACUUCUGCGGCAACUCGCUCGGCCUCCAGCCGAAGGCCGUCAGGGAGCACCUGAACGCCUACCUGAAGACUUGGGGAUCCAUUGCCGUUGGCGGCCACUUCACAAACUUCGAGGACUCGCCAUUGCCAACGUAUCAGGACCUUGCUGCACAAUGCUCGCAGCAAAUGGCCGACAUUGUUGGCGCAUCUCCCUCGGAGAUCGUUGCCAUGAACACCUUGACAAUUAACCUCCACCUGAUGAUGGCUGCAUUCUACAAGCCCACAGAGAAGAAGCACAAGAUCAUGUGCGAAUGGCGACCUUUUCCCAGCGACUGGUACGCCAUCGAAUCGCAAAUCGAAUGGCACGGUCUGGAUCCCAAGAAGUCCAUGUUGACCGUCGAGCCAGAUGAGGGCUACCUGAUGACCACUGAGCACAUUUGCAAGCUCAUCACCGACAACGCCGACGAGAUCGCCCUGGUCCUGCUUCCCGGUAUCCAAUACUACUCCGGCCAGCUCCUCGACAUCCCCACCAUCACAGCCCACGCACACAAGCACGGCCUCACCAUUGGUUGGGAUCUCGCGCACGCCGCCGGAAAUGUCGAACUGAAGCUGCACGAGUGGGACGUCGAUUUUGCAUGCUGGUGCACGUACAAGUACAUGAACUCCGGCGCCGGCGCAGUCGCAGGCGCCUUCGUGCACGAGAAGCACGGCAACAACGAGCACAAUGUUGGUCUCAAGGGAUGGUAUGGACAUGACAAGUCUUCGCGCUUUUUGAUGGACAACAACUUCAAGCCCACACCCGGUGCCCAGGGCUUCCAGUGCUCGAACCCCUCCAUCGUGGAUCUGACAUGUCUAUCUGGGAGUCUGAGCGUGUUCAACAAGACCAAAAUGGCAGAUUUAAGAUCGAAAUCCCUCCUCCUGACUGCCUACGCGGAAUACCUGCUCUCCGCCAUCGCAACGCGAAACAUCAAAGACGGCAACUUCCCGUUCAAGAUCAUCUCGCCGUCAGACCCCCGCUUCCGCGGUGCGCAACUCAGCGUCCUGCUGCAAGAGGAUCUGAUGGAGGAUGUAUCCGCGGGACUGGAGAAGAACAGCGUCAUCUGCGAUAAGAGGAAACCAGGUAUUAUCCGCGUGGCGCCUGCGCCCAUGUACAACACGUUUGCGGAUGUGCAGAAGUUUAUGGCUAUUUUUGAAAAUGCGCUGCAGCCCAAGACAGAGCAGCAGAGUGAGGCGAAGGAGGAAAGUGUCAACGCGAAUGUCGAGGCGAGGUUGUAGAUGGUGAUACGAUGGAAAGUCUUUGCAUAGUUUAGCGUUCAUUAAUGCAUUUGAUACCACUCAU